GGCCGCCUCUCUUAACUCUCUAUCUCGCAAAUCGCCAUGGCCAUCACCUUCUCAGAUCUCUACACUGAUGCCGGUCUCAAAGCCCUCGACGAGUUCCUCGCCGGCAAAUCUUACAUCUCCGGAGAGAAGCUGACUUUGGAUGACAUCAAGGUCUACACCGCCGUGUUGGAGAAGCCCGCCGGUUCUUUUGCCAAUGUGAGCAAGUGGUACGACGCCGUUUUGUUCCAACUCGCUUCCACCUUCCCCGGGAAGGCCGCCGGAGUGAGAGUCAGCAGCGGCAAGGCUGGGACUGCUGCUCCCGUUCCCGCUGCCGCCGCUGGAGGUGAUGACGAUGACGAUUUGGACCUCUUUGGCGACGAGACUGAGGAGGACAAGAAGGCCGUUCGGAGUGUCGAGAUGGAGGGUCUCUUCUGGGACGCAUCGAAAUUGGUUUCCGUUGGUUACGGCAUCAAGAAGCUGCAGAUCAUGCUCACCAUUGUCGAUGACCUUGUUUCCGUCGAUGACCUCAUCGAAGAGCAGCUUACUGUUGAGCCCCGCCAACAAGCCCAUCCUCACUUGUGUCUCGGCCCAGCUCUCAAAGCCCAAUCCGGGUUUUCUCCUCCAGCCGUGCCUUCGACUUGCAGCUCACCACACACCACGGGCCAGCCCAAUGCCGUCAUCAAUUUCACUCCGCAACCACAGCUCCUCCUCGCCCAGCUCACUCGUCUUCCUCUACGAGCCGAUGUCAGUUCAGAAGCCGCCGAUGACUACCGAUAA